AUGCCGUCAUCCUCAUCUUGUAAAUCAACAAAUAUUAUUAGUAAAUUUAAAAUUUUUGACAUCAAAAAUUUGGAAAAUUUUUAUUUUAAUAAUAAUAAAGGCAACAGAAAAAAGAAUAAUUUAAAUUUUAAUUUAAAUUUAAAUAAAUUACCCAAUUCUUUCCACAAUAAUAAUUGUGGUGGUGGAGGGAUGUUACAAGUCGAUAGAGCUUUAAAAGUUUGUGUUCAUUGCAAGUGUGAUAGAAGUGAUCACGAAAUUGGUGGAAAUCAAGCCUUAAACGUUUAUGAACGUUUAGGAAUUAAGCCUUCAUCUGCUGAAAUGGCUAAAGUUUUACAGCAACAACAACAGCAACAACGUAAAAAUAAUAAUGAAAAUAAUUCUAAUGAUGUAAAUUCUUCUUCAAUCGGAUCAACAGGACAUGGAUAUGCUUGGGUACCUCCAGGCAUUGGACGUCUUAAAGUAGAAGAAUACAUGUCUCAAUUACCCAACCAUAUAAUUCCAAGAUUAAACAGUAUUGGAGAAAAAAAUCGUGAAAGGCAAUUAAUGAUACAAUUACCUCGCCAAGACUUAUCUAUAGCUUAUUGUAAACAUUUACGUACUCCACAAGAAAGACGUUUAUAUGAAGAAUUUGUUAAUGCUAGAAAUGAAGUUGCUUUAGAUAUUGGGCAUGUUAAUGCUAAUAUUAGUAAAGCUAUGGAAUGUCGUAAAUGUAGAGGUGUUGUAGAACGUAAUGAAAUGGCUGUUAUAGCACCAAAAUUGGGUGAAAAUACUGGUUGGCAUGCUGCUUGUUUUGUUUGCCAAACUUGUGAACAGUUGCUUGUUGAUCUCACAUAUUGUGUUCGUGAUGAAAAAGUUUAUUGUGAACGCCAUUUUGCUGAAUUACACAAACCUAGAUGUUCUGCUUGUGAUGAGCUAAUAUUUUGUGGAGAAUAUACUAAAGCAAUGAAUAAAGACUGGCAUAGCGAUCAUUUUUGUUGUUGGCAAUGUGAUGGACAGUUAACUGGUCAACGUUAUAUUUUGCGAGAUGAACAUCCUUAUUGCAUUAAAUGUUACGAGGAAAUAUUUUCUAAUGUUUGUGAUGAAUGUCAAAAACAUAUAGGAAUUGAUUCAAAGGACCUUUCGUAUAAAGACAAGCAUUGGCAUGAAGAAUGUUUUCUUUGUUCAAUGUGUAAAAUUUCACUUGUGGAUAAGCCUUUUGGAAGCAAAAAUGAAAGAAUUUAUUGUUCUAAUUGUUAUGAUCAAGCAUUCGCUACUCGUUGUGAUGGUUGUGGAGAAAUAUUUAAAGCUGGCAUGAAGAAAAUGGAAUAUAGAGGGAAACAAUGGCAUGAUAAAUGUUUUGUAUGUGCUCUAUGUAAAGCUCCAAUAGGAACCCGGAGUUUUAUUCCAAAGAAUGAAGAAGUUUUUUGUGCAGCUUGUUAUGAAGAAAAAUUUGCUACGAGAUGUUGUAAAUGUAAAAAGGUUAUUAGCACUGGUGGUGUUACCUACAAAAAUGAGCCUUGGCAUAGGGAAUGUUUUUGUUGCACAAAUUGCAAUACUUCACUAGCUGGGCAACGAUUCACCUCGAAAGAUGAAAAGCCUUAUUGUGCAGAUUGUUAUGGAGAAUUAUUUGCAAAGAGAUGUUCUGCUUGUGUUAAACCAAUUACUGGUAUUGGAGGUGCUAAAUUUAUUUCAUUUGAAGAUAGGCAUUGGCAUAAUGAUUGUUUUGUGUGUAAUCAAUGCAGUAUUAGUUUGGUUGGGAAAGGUUUUAUAACAGAUGGGGCAGACAUUUUAUGUGCAGAUUGUGCCAAAGCAAGGCUUAUGGCAGCAAAUAGCUAAUAUAAAUAAAUAAAUUUUGAAUUAAUCAUUCCUUUCAUUUUUUUAAUAUUUCUGAACCUUGGUUUAUUUUCAAAAAAAUUUUUUAAAGAAAUUUUUCAAAUUGCUUAAAAUGCCCUAAAAUUCACUGAAAGUCCCCUUUAAAAGAUUUAACCAAGGUUUUGACAAUUUUAAUAAUUUUUUUUCAAUUGCUUUUUUAUUUUUAGGGUUAAUUAAUCCUAAAAUAUUUUUCUU